GGGCCCCGCCGGCCCCGCCCCCUUCUCAGCCCCUUUCAGCCCCGAGCCCCCCGAACCCCCAUCCCGCCCCUUGCCGGGCCCGGCCGGACCUUCCCGCCCCCAGCCCCGGCGCCCCUUCCCCCUGCCGCAGCCGCUCCCCCCUCUACCCCGCACCCCGACCCCCGUAGCUGCCCCUCGGACCCGGGGCCCCGCCUUCCUCCUCCUCUGCGCCCACUGUGAGUUAGCCUCGACCCCUCCCCGUACCUCCAGAUUUCCCCCCUGCCCCGGGCCGAUGGAGGGGCCUUCGGAGUGGAGGGUCGAGAAGCCCCACGGCCGCCCCCAGUGGAACUCCGCCAGCCACUUUCCCCGGGGCGCUUAGAGCACCCCUUCCUCAGCUACUAGAGUAGCGUUUUCCGGGGCCCCGGGGCCUACAGGCCAGGGGUGGGCUUGGAUGAAGACCCUUGCCCUAGCUGGAACUGAGCGGCCGUCUUUAUUUAGCUCUCAGGGCCAGAGCGGGGCAGGAGGAUGCGUCCCCGGCCCCGUCAUGGAGCUGCGCUGUGGGGGACUGCUGUUCAGCUCUCGCUUUGAUUCGGGGAACCUCGCGCAUGUGGAGAAGGUGGAGUCUGUGUCCAGCGAUGGGGAAGGAGCGGCAGGCGGGGUGGCAGCUCCCGCCAGCAGCCUUAGCUCCCCCGACUACGAGUUCAACGUGUGGACCCGGCCCGACUGUGCGGAGACGGAGUUUGAGAAUGGGAACAGGUCCUGGUUCUACUUCAGCGUCCGGGGAGGAACGCCAGGGAAACUCAUCAAGAUCAACAUCAUGAACAUGAACAAGCAGAGCAAGCUGUAUUCCCAGGGCAUGGCCCCGUUUGUGCGCACAGUGCCGACCCGGCCGCGCUGGGAACGGGUCCGAGACCGGCCCACCUUUGAGAUGACAGAGACGCAGUUUGUGUUAUCCUUUGUUCACCGUUUCCUAGAAGGCCGUGGGGCCACCACCUUCUUCGCCUUCUGCUACCCCUUCUCCUACAGCGACUGCCAGGAUCUGCUGAACCAACUAGACCAGCGCUUCCUGGAAAACCACCCCACCCAUAGCAGCCCUCUGGAUACCAUCUAUUACCAUCGGGAGACGCUGUGCUACUCGCUGGAUGGGCUGCGUGUGGACCUGCUGACCAUCAGCUCCUGCCACGGGCUUCGCGAGGACCGAGAGCCACGCCUGGAGCUGCUCUUCCCCGACACCAGCACGCCCAGACCUUACUGUUUCACAGGCAAAAGGGUCUUCUUCCUAAGCAGCAGGGUUCACCCUGGGGAGACCCCGUCCAGCUUUGUCUUCAAUGGCUUUCUGGACUUCAUCCUUCGGCCUGAUGACCCCCGGGCCCAAACCCUGCGUCGCCUGUUUGUCUUUAAGCUGAUUCCCAUGUUGAACCCCGAUGGUGUGGUCCGUGGCCACUACCGCACAGACUCGCGGGGGGUGAAUCUGAACCGCCAGUACCUGAAGCCUGACGCGGUCCUGCACCCCGCCAUCUAUGGGGCCAAAGCGGUGCUCCUCUACCACCACGUGCACUCGCGUCUCAAUGCCCAGAACGCCCCUGAGCACCAGCAGAGUCCCCACCUCCCUCCCAGCGCUCCCCCCGUCGACCUGGAGAAAGCCAGCAGCACUCUGCCAAGCGAAGCGCACCUGGACAGCGCCCCCAGCGGGGAGAACGCCGAGGCCUGGCCACCGCCCGCGCUCGCCGAACAGAAGCCCAGCAGCAUGUGGAUCGUGUCCCAGCAGGGCACCGAGAGUCAGCACCCAGCCCCCGACGACAUCCCCCCCAAAGAGAGUGGGGUCGCCUACUACGUCGACCUGCACGGACAUGCUUCCAAGAGGGGCUGCUUUAUGUACGGAAACAGCUUCAGCGACGAGAGCACCCAGGUGGAAAAUAUGCUGUAUCCAAAGCUCAUCUCCUUGAACUCAGCCCACUUUGACUUCCAGGGCUGCAAUUUUUCAGAGAAGAACAUGUAUGCCCGAGAUCGCCGAGACGGCCAGUCCAAAGAGGGCAGCGGCCGGGUUGCCAUCCACAAAGCCUCAGGGAUAAUCCACAGCUACACACUUGAAUGCAACUACAACACCGGCCGCUCGGUGAACAGCAUCCCUGCCGCCUGCCACGACAAUGGCCGUGCCAGCCCGCCGCCGCCGCCUGCCUUCCCCUCCAGAUACACUGUGGAGCUCUUUGAGCAGGUGGGUCGUGCAAUGGCCAUCGCGGCUCUGGACAUGGCCGAGUGCAACCCAUGGCCCCGCAUCGUGCUGUCGGAGCACAGCAGCCUCACGAACCUGCGGGCCUGGAUGCUGAGGCACGUGCGCAGCAGCCGAGGCCUGAGCAGCACCGUGAGCCUGGGCCUCACCAAGAAGAGAGGCGCCCGGACGCCGCCCAAGAACGCCAGCGGGUUGCCCGGCACCGGCCCUGAGAACACCCUGAGCCGCACACGCAGUUUCAGCACCGGCACCAGUGCCGGCGGCAGCCAGCAGGACUCCCCACAGAUGAAGAGCUCCCCCAGCUUUCCCUUCCAUGGCCUCCGGCCCCCGGGGCUGCCAGGCCUGGGCUCCGGCACCCAGAAGGUCAGCCAGCGGGAGCUGGGCCCUGUCAGAGGACGAGCCGGUGCUGAGCUGGCUAGAGGGAAAACAGGAUGUGGGCCGACGGAGAACAUUCCAGAUCCUGCUAACCGUCCCAGCGUUUCUUCAGGAUGCUGGUACCCCCGCGGCCAGGAAAGGAGACGGCGACAGCAGCCGCUGACUCAGCGCCCCACCUCGAGCAGCCUGGCCGCACCGCAAGCUCCCAACCCCAGCCCGGCCUCCUCGCGCAGCGUGGGCCCCUGCCUGCUGCCCAGCUCGCUCAGCGCCUCAGCGACCCAGCCGGUCCGGAGAGCAGCGGUGCCCAGACCCCGGCCCCAAGGAACUUCCGGCCUCCUCUCUACUGCAGGGGCCCACCCUGUCAGCAGCUUCCUUUGCUCUCUAGGGGCUGGCUGCUCGUUUCUGUCUUCAGGGGACAAGCCAGAAGCCGUGAUGGUGAUCGGGAAAGGCCUUCUAGGGGCGGGGCCUCGGAUCCCCUGCAUCAGGACCCGACUGCAGAACUGCCCGAGGAGAGUUCCCGCCAGGAGGGGUCCCGGAUUCCCCAGGUAACACGUCUGGUUGCUGCUUCCUAGGACUAGUUCCGCUCCCACUCCUGACCCAGCCCGCCCUGGUGGCCGGGCGAGGCACCUGGCAUAGGCAGGAGCGGAGGCAGAGGCCCGGUGCCCAGACCCCUCUCGCACGGUCAACGCUGGGUCCUCUUGCCUCCUGGGACUGUCGGCCUGAACCCCCGAGCUCCCUGUGCUCCUGUUUCCCCUCAGCUAGGACAGCACCCACAGGCAGGGCCUCAGCACCUGGGUCAGUCCCUUUACCGCAUGUGUGUGCACAAACCAGAAGUACCCCUGAAGCCAAGAGCUCGUGGAAGACUCCAGCCUCUU